AUGUCUGAUAAUGGCAAAGGAAACGUUGUUGAAGCAGAAAACUUGCAAGAAGCCGGCAUUUUAGAAGCUGAUAUUGGUGCUAAUUUCGACAAACAACUGGCCACCAUCGAUCCUCACCUGAAGAUAGAAAAUGACCCACUUGCACACCGCGAUCUUCGUCCCGAGAUGAUGUUUAUACGAGAGGAGCUGCGUCAAGCAAAGUGUCAGACGUUGGCGAUUGUAUUAUCGCAUUCAAGGAAUAUUUCAAAAACAAAGCCAUAUACAUUCCUCCAACCAUGGCUCGGGACUGGAUUGUUGACAAGUACGGGUAGCAAAUGGCAUCAACGUCGGAAGAUUUUAACCCCAACAUUCCACUUUAAUAUACUCAAGAAUUUUUCAAAAGUGUUCGAAAAGAAAAGCCGCAAUCUGGUUCAUAGACUAAAACAAAUGUCUGAAGGAUACGUGGACGUUUUUGCUGUUAUUAGUGAUUUCACGCUUUACACAAUAUGCGAAACAGCAAUGGGGACCCAACUCGAUUUUGACAAGUCUAGAAGUAGCGUGGAAUACAUAGAAUCAAUUAAGCAAAUUGGUAACCAUUUUGUAAAGCGUCUUACUAAAUUUUGGCUUCAUCCUGAUUUAGUGUUUUAUCAGACAACAGUGGGCAAACAAUUUGUCAAAUGCUUGAAUAUAGUCCAUUCAUUUGCGGAUAAUGUUAUUAUGGAGAGAAAGAAGAAGCAGAUAAAUCAUGAAGAUUGUUUAUUGAUACAGAAUUUCGACAACGAUGCUGAACAAGGAACUAAAAAACGACCCGCCUUUUUAGAUUUACUGAUUGAAGCAGAGAAUAAAGGAGAAAUAAAUGUGGAAGGUAUUCGUGAAGAAGUAAAUACAUUCAUGUUUGAAGAGAAAAUUUACGAAGAAUGUAAAACUAUAUUCGGCGAUACGGACCGAACGCCAAGUUGGUCUGAUUUAACCGAGAUGAAAUAUUUAGAAGCAACGGUUAAGGAGAUAUUACGGCUCUAUCCUAGUGUACCAUUCAUUGGAAGAAAGAUUACUGAAGAUUUUAUGCUGGGUGACGUACUAGUGAAGAAAGGCGUUGAAGUACUAGUACACAUCUAUAACGUACAUCGUCGUGAGGACAUCUAUCCGGAAGCAGAGGCUUUUAAGCCAGAGCGGUUCCUUAGUGGCGAAGUUCGCCAUCCUUAUGCUUUUAUACCGUUCAGCGCCGGACCGAGGAACUGUAUUGGUCAGCGAUUCGCGAUACAAGAAAUGAAAUGUGCCCUCAGCGAGAUCUGUCGACACUUCAAACUGGUGCCGAAGACGAAAGGGGCCAUACCAACGCUUAAGUUCGAUAUUGUCCUUCGAUCUGUCGAUCCUAUAUAUGUCAAGUUUGUACUUCGAUAG